GUUGUGACAGUUGGAACUGGCACUGUGCGGGCCCUUCACUUUCGGCACGGUGUUGCCGACCUGCUUGGUUUGAACCUCAGCAUCAGGAUGCACUGAGCCGCGGGGAAAGCAGGUGGAAUACAUCCAUCCGUGUGUAUAUUUCAUCAGGCUGGCUCUGCUUACGUCUAGCUUCAAUUCUUUUGCACGGUUGAGAAUCUUAUUGAUGUGGAGGUUGCAGAGGCGUCGAUUAAAAGUUUUCGACUCGCUCGGCGAGCGUUCUCCAAGGCCCAACAGUCACUCAUUAUCUUAACCUCGACCAGUGGAAAGAGCGACCAAACUUCUCACAUGCACAUUCGACUGGGAAUCACACAGGGAUUCCGGUCGUUCAGGCACCCGCCUCGAGAGCUUGGUAGCGUUUUCUUUCUGAUGAAACGCAGGUACUGCGACAGCACAUCGAAACAUAGCUUAUCCUCCCUACCUGCUAAGAAACAUCGGCCAUAUACCGCAACAAUGGUUUCCCGCACCAUCACCCUCACCGAGCAGGAAGAACAGCUCAAGCGCCUCCUUGUAGACGUCGCGCGCUACAUUGACUCUUCUUCCAGCGAGAACAGCCCGACUAUCCUCCGUUGGGCUGGUGGCUGGGUUCGCGAUAAACUACUUGGAAUUAAGAGCCACGACAUCGACACGGCUAUCAACAACUUAACCGGUGAGGCCUUCGUUAGAAAGCUUCGUGACUAUGUCGAGAUCCCAGGCAACAAGCAGCUACACAACCUGAUGGACUCCGACAUUGGCCGCCUUCACACUGUGGCCCGCAACCCAGACAAGUCGAAGCACUUGGAGACCAGCACCAUCAAGCUCUGCGGGCUGGACGUGGACUUUGUGAACUUGCGGAAGGAAACAUACUGCGAGAACAGCAGGAACCCUGAGGUGGAGUUUGGGACGGCCGAGGAGGAUGCUGCUCGCCGAGAUGCGACCGUCAAUGCCCUCUUUUACAACUUACAGACGGGCGAAGUGGAGGAUCUUAUCGGGGGUCUGCCAGAUCUGGGGGCGGGGAUUAUUCGGACACCAAUGGAGCCACUGCAGACCUUCAUGGACGAUCCCCUUCGUGUAUUGAGACUAGUGAGGUUUGCUAGUCGACUGGGGUUCAAAAUCGACAAGGCGGCAGAGGAGGUUAUGGCGGAUGAGAAUGUGCUGAGAAACUUGAAGAUCAAGAUCAGCAGGGAGAGGAUUGGUGUGGAGUUGGAGAAGAUGCUCAAGGGCAAACACCCGGUCGAGUCCCUGAGGCUGAUCAACAGCUUGGGGCUUUACCAUGCUGUGUUCACUGUACCGGAACGAACCGACAUGCCAAAGCCAGAUAUCUCCAAGUGGGACCGCGCAUAUGAAUGCUUGUUCUUCCUUGAGAGCAACAACACUCCUGAUUCCAUCUGGGAGUUGCUCGUCACCACAGAGGAAGCGAGAUAUUUCGCCUGGUCAUUGGCCACCAUCACGCCUUGGGAGCAACUUCCUGAUGAUCCCCCUCUCAAGUCAGGAAAGUUAGCCAUGCCCCUUGCUACUCAAGCCGCGAGGGAAGGAUUCAAGGCACCCAACAAGCUAUCUGACGUGAUCACUGCCGCCCAUCGGCACCGUCCUGCUAUUCUGGAGCUCAAGGCACUUGUUGAUGAGAACAAGAAUGAAAUGAAGGAUAGGGCAAAGUUUGGUAUGGCGAUCAGAGAGUGGGACUCAAGAGCCAAGGGUAGCUGGCGUCUACAAGUUCUUUACUCGAUCUUGGUUGAUGUUCUAGAAGGAUCAACGAGCCGGGAAGAGAUUCUGAUGGGAUGGCUGCGUUUCUUGGACCACCUGGUAGAACUUGAUCUGAUGCAUGUCACGAAACUUGACAGGAUCAUUGAUGGAACUGACCUCUCGAAGGCACUUGGAGUUAAGCCAGGGAGGUGGAUGGGUGCGGCGCUCGAAGUUGUGAUGGAGUGGCAGUUAAGGAACCCAGGGGUCGAGGAUCCAGCAGGAGCAGUUGAGGAGGUGAAGAAGCGGCGGGUUGAGUUGGGGAUUAAAUAGGCAAGAGAGUGAUAAAAAAUACAUCAUGAGUUGAAUAUUUU